UCAGCCGGGCGUCGGGCUUACAGGAGUCGUAGAUCAAGCACUGGCGAAGGUCUGAAACAAAUUAGUCUUCUGCCAAACAGGGGACAAGAUCAAGUAAUUUUACCAACCUUUACGAACAUGCGAGCAAAAAUGGUGCGCAGACACGGUCCGGACCUCUCCUCGCCGUGCUUCGUCGGUGUAGAUGUGCAGAGCAUGGAGAUACUCGCAGACGUUGUGCAGGGGCUUCAUUUCCGGCUCGAUGGUCCCCCGCACAUGGGUCUGGAUGCCUAGGUACAACAGCCAUGACUUGAGCCAGGCCGUCGGACUGAAUUUCAAGGCCCAUGAUGCCAGGUUGGAAAUGGUCGGAGCAGUCGUGCUACUGGUACUCAUGAUGGUGAUGUGAUGUUUCUGGCGAUACUUGAGCCGGCCGUUCAACCGAUGUGUUCACCACGCAGGAUGGCAGGACGACGUCAACGAAGAUGAGACCUAAGUUAAAAAUCACCCUUUCUCACAGUACUUCAACGUACUACGGUGGUAUGGACUUGGGAUAUUACAACUUGAACCUCGCCACGACGAGGGAUUGUUCGUUGUCCGCGUCGGGGUCUGAUGUCACAAGUGUUGGCACAGCGGGACACGUGCGGCUACUUACCACCUUCAAAUUUGGCACCAUCUGCGCGUUCAGGGAAGGGGAAGGGGAAGACCUGUACAAUGUGGAUCAUCUCGUGGCCAUAUGUUGCCGUCAUACCUAUGCGUCGUGCCUUUUCGAGGGAGAUGAGCAGCAAAACAAUUUUCGCAAUGCUUCUGCUGCCCAGUUUAUCACGGCGGUACACGGAGCUUUUUCUCGUGGGGGAGGGUGCUUCUCGCGGAAAAACAAUACACCGACAUGCCAAUCACCCCGCAUCAUUCCUCCACUGGCAUGAUUUGGCCCUGCAGCCUCCGAAUCGGACGAGGCUGCGGCAGACGCGGAGUCAGCCGUUCAGGUUGACAUCCACUCUGAUUCCCUCGGUUGCGGUAUCCUCGGUCUCCGCAGGAAGGAGUGUCCUCGUUCUUCAAUUCUGGAAAUCAUGAACUCCUUCCAAAGACACGAACUCCUCUUGAAACUCCUUCUAACACAAGCCAAAGGAACAGGCAUUGAACCGUUGUCAGGAUAGCCCGGAAAUCUGACCAACCCUUUCCAGAAAUCAGUAUCAACAAAGCCAAGUCAGCAAGAUCCCCAUCGUAAAUAUGGUGGGUCGUCUCGAGGGCAAAGUCGCCAUUGUCACCGGAGGUGGCAGCGGCUUCGGCGCUGGCAUUGCCAAAAAGUUCACCGAGGAAGGCGCCAAAGUCAUCAUCACCGAUCUUGCUCAGGAAAACGGGACCAAGGUUGCGCAGUCUUUGGGCUGUGAAUUCCAGAAGGCAGACGUGACCAGCCGCUCGAACUGGGAAGCCGUGCUGCAGAAAGCCAUUGACCAAUUCGGGGGAGUGGACAUUGUGGUCAACAACGCCGGCGCAUGUUACUCCAACAAGCCUACCGAGACAGUCACAGACGACGAGCUCGACCUGUGUCUCCGUGUGAACGUGGGAAGCGUCUACCUGUCCAGUAGUGUGCUGUUGCCCUACUUCCUGAAGAAUAACCGCCCAGGUUGUUUCAUCCAGAUUUCCUCCACCGCAGGAAUCCGGCCACGACCCGGAUUGACGUGGUACAAUGCUUCCAAAGCAGCCGUGAGCAAUGCUACAAAGACAAUGGCCGUGGAAUAUGCCCCCAAGAAAAUUCGCUUCAAUGCCGUGUGUCCGGUAGUUGGUAGUACUGGAAUGACCCAUCUGUUCCUGGGUAAGCCAGAUACAGAGGAGAAUCGGAAAGCUUUCGUCUCCACUAUUCCGAUGGGACGAGGCAGUACCCCAAAAGAUAUCGCCAACGCCUGCUGCUAUUUGGCAAGUGAUGAGGCAGAGUUUGUUACUGGGGUCAAUCUGGAGGUUGACGGCGGGAGAUGCGUUUGAGCAGGCGGAAAACUCUUGAGAGUUUGUAGGAUGCAACGGGGCAUCAGAAAGAAAAGAAAUCCAAAGGUGAAGGAUAAGGACAUGCGCCCCAUAGUCAUAGCUCUCCAUGAACUCCCUUCAGACGAAGGGCAACUGGCUCAGCGAACUCCUUCGCAAAAUUCCUAUCUCGUCAACUCGUACAA